CGAUAAGACAAUUUGAGACCCCACACUUUGAUCAGAAACUCUGACCUGAAAUUAUAAUUCCCAAAACAUAUUAAAAAACCGCCAUCAUCAAUAUUCAAGGUUCUAUUUAUCAAGAAAAUUACAAGUAAUACACGGAAAAGACACGGUGAAAAUGGCAUCCAAAGCUAGGGACUGGGCCGACGACGACGAGGGCGACGACGUCUUAGUAGAAUUACCUCCUCCCCAAACCAUCCAGAACAAAGACGGUACCAAGACCACCAUCACCUACCGAUACAACGAGAACGGGCAAAAAGUCAAGACGACCCGACGGAUCCGCCUAGUCACGCACCGCGAGGUCGUCAACCCGCGCGUCGCCGAGCGCAAGACAUGGCAGAAAUUCGGGCUCUCGGAAAAAGACGGAGCGGGCCCGCAGAUGGACACGACGUCGGUGGGCGAGAACAUCAUCUUCCGGCUCAGCACGAACUGGCGCAAGGACACCAAGGAAGAGGCUAAGGACCCCAACGCCAACGCCAUGAAGGAGAAGCUCAAGGACAAGACGGUCAAGUGUCGUAUCUGCAACGGCGAACAUUUCACCGCGCGGUGCCCGUACAAGGAUACCAUGGCGCCGGUCGGCGCCGAGGGCGCUGCCGAUGUCGCUGCCGGUAUGGGAGACGAGCCUUCGGCGAAUGCGGCGGGUGCUCCUGGCGCGGGCAAGAAGGGCAGUUAUGUCCCGCCGGCGCUGCGGGGAGACCGUGGCGCGGCUGGUGGCGAGAGGAUGGGCGGUGGGAAGUAUGGCAGCGAGCGGGACGAUCUUGCUACGCUGCGUGUGACGAACGUCUCGGAAAUGGCAGAAGAGAACGAGCUCCGCGACAUGUUCGAGCGGUUCGGCCGGGUAACGCGCGUGUUCCUAGCCAAGGACCGCGAGACGGGGCUCGCCAAGGGCUUCGCGUUCAUCAGCUUCGCGGAUCGCAGCGACGCCGUCAAGGCGUGCAACAAGAUGGACGGCUACGGUUUCAAGCAUCUUAUCUUGCGCGUCGAGUUUGCCAAGAAGGCUGCUUAGACUGCCUGUCUGUCAUAGGAUGGAUAAGGAUUCUCAAGAAACACUUUCUUUUAGUAUAGUCUGUGACUAUGCGAAUGGAUGGGUGGAUGGAUGGCAUGAUACGGUAUGGAAGGGCUUGGUACUAUAGCGCUGGUUCUGCCAUGCUGGGUGAUGUGAAUAGAAUGAAUGGGUUUUAGGCACAAUAGGACACGGUUCCUUAUCUAAAUUUAUUCGGCUCGUUACACAUAUCAUUCUACGGGAAAAUGUCUUCUUCGUCAUGUUUAGCCCUGUGUGAUUUAUCUUAAGGGUUAUUUCACGCGAUAUAUGAAUGCUGGGUUAUAUGAGCCAAGUAUAGGUAAUUAAUAUUAAAUCUACCAUCCAGUUCCCUCA